AGUGGGGCACAUCCGAAUAGCUGGGCUCAGUGUUCGGCUCCUUGCACCACCAGCAGCAAGCAGCGUGGACACUGUGAGAGGCAGCUUGUCCCCACGCCCGCCCGCCGCUCCCGCCCACAGCCUGCAAGACAAAACUUUCCUCUCCUGUCCUUCUUUCCACGUUCACAUCAUGACAUCCCUCGCCUGGCAGAGCUACGUACUGUCUCUCAAUAAACUGAACUGAAUGUCGCCAGCAGAGGAGAUCAAGGCAGCAUGAAGGUGUACUUACAACUGGCGGCGUUACUGCUGGUGGUGACGGUGAUCCUUGCCACGGAGGCCGAGAAGCCCACGGAGGCCGAGAAGCCCACGGGGGCCGAGAAGCCCACGGGGGCCGAGAAGCCGCCGCCCAAGAAGGGAAAAGAUGGAAAAGUGAAGGAGGGACCGUGCAACACCAAGAAGAAGAAAGUUGUAGAGAAGAAGUGUCCUGGAAAAGAUUGUGACGACCCCUGCGAGAUAGUGAAGGGCCCCAGGAAGAAAGUCUGCUACGGAAACAUGCUGCUGUCCAAAACACAGAAAGAAAACUUGAAGAGAAUAGAAAAAAUCCUGCAACUGAAUGCCACCGACUCUACUUACCUGGUCACCUACAUGGAGAAGUCAGGCAAGAGGCAGGGGUACACGGCGCUGCUGUGGGCGGCGGAGAAGAACAACACGGUCAUGAUGGAGAUGCUGCUCAACGCGUCAUCCCGAGUCAACCACCAGAGCUCCUCAGGUAUCUCGGCCCUGUUCCUCGUCGCCCGUAACGGAAACAAGGAGUGCGUGGAGAUGUUGCUCCAAAGAGGCGCCAAGCCUGACCUGAAGACCAAGUCAGGUUAUACACCCCUCAUCAUUGCCGUGUGGAACAGAUUCUCAGACAUCGUGAAGAUUCUACUAGACAACAAAGCUGAUCCGAACACAACCACGCCCAAUUCACAUUACUCGGCGCUGUACUUGGCUGCGAGGAACGGGGACCUGGACAUCGUGAAGUAUCUGACGCAGGCUAAAGCUUUUCUCAACCCGGUCACCUCCUGGGAUGUGACUCCUCUGCACGUCGCCACCUACUGGGGCCACGAGGAGAUAGUAGAACUGCUUCUGAACAGCGGCGCCGAUCCCAACAUCCAGGAAAAGGAUGGAUACACGAUGCUGCAUAAGGCUGUCUACUACAACUACCCGGGCAUCGUGGAUCUGGCGCUGGGGGCAAAAGUGCAGGUCGACACGCAGAGCAAGAACGGGUACACGGCUCUCAUCCAGGCUGUGCGCAGCGGUAGGCUCAAGAUGGUUGAAAAAAUAGUGAAAGCAAAGCCCAACCCUAACUUACAGGAAAGGACAGGUAAGACGGCGCUCCACUGGGCGGCGAGGUCACAAGGGGUGGAGGUGGUGCAGGCUCUGCUGAAGACCUGCCCUAACGCCAAACUUGAGGACAUGGAUGGACGCACGCCGCUGGACACCGCCAAACGCCACAACAUUCCAGAAGUCGUAAAAAUACUUCAAGACUACGAGGACAACCCCAAUUGUUAGCUGGCUGACUUCAGCACCCCGCACUGGUAACACUCUUCAUGAUGAGGCCUGUUUGUCCCGCCAUCCCCUUGCCUCGCCAGCCUGCAUCACCUGCCGGGAAAGGGAGCAGUGUGUCCUGCGCUCAAAGUGCAGUAUUCCACCCAAGGUGGCGCCUCAUGGCCGCGUUAUUGCGGCGCCUAAGUCAGUCAGUCAGUCAGUCAGUCAGUCGUCACCAGGAAUAAUUUCAUGAGACGUGUAAUUUCUGCUGCGCUGACAUUUUCGAUUCAAGGUUUUAACGAGACAAAUUUAUCAUUAUUUUACAACUGAAAUGGCAUAAGUAGUCUCGUUAAUUCAUAUUUCUGGAAUAGGAGGAAAAUUUCACAUCAAGAACAUGACAUUCUUCAUUUUAUUGCGGAGCCUUUCAACUAUGAAAAUGUCACAGCUACUUUCACAUUUUAUUUCAGAAAUACUUUGAUAGUGUGUAACUUGACAAAAAAAAAAAAAAAAACAUUAAUUAGGCAACAUUCCCAGAGGCAACAUAUGUGGGUGCGUGGGGACGAUCACCUCUGUGGACGGCGGGCUCUUGUGAUACCAAAACUAUGACUGCUAAGACAACCUUUAUACAAAUGUGAAUUGAGUGGCUGGAAAAUGUGCAAACACUUGAUCGUCCUUAGAUCAAGCAAAGCCUUCAUCUUGGGUAAGAAGUCUCGGGCACGUCACCGGCGGCCGCUAUAUACACCAAUACCUUCCUCAGUAUUACAUAUAUUUAAUUAGCAUAUGUGCCUUACAUUUAUAACCUAAUGAAUUCUCAUAGUCAUAUAGGUACGUAUUAGUGUGAAGUAGUAUUGCAAGUAACACGGGUGCUUGUAGAGCUGUCGCGUUGGGUAAUGCGAGCAGCACUGUUCAGUGUGACCAGCUGAUGGAACCCCGAGGAACAUUGAUUAUGUCAGACACUGAGUGAAGGAAAUACACCGCUGAACUGAACAGAACUGUACUGAAUAGUUAACUCUGAAUCAAAAUCAUGCUACGAGUAGAUGUUUAUUUAGGAAAACUUAGAAUAAUUCUUUGUAUCCUUUGUAUCCAUCUUGAAUGUUAAGUUCACUUGAAGUAUACGUAGGUAACACUGACCAGUGCCUUUGUAGGUGUACAGUGUGUGUAAUGUACGCAUAUAGUACCUAUAUACAUCAUAUCAUAACUACCUAGACUCAAUAAACAUGCAAUGCUACAUAA